UGGAACAAACAUGUGCGACUGUAGUCUCAUACUCUCUCUGGUCACUGAGCAUAGUAUAGUAGGUCUCCUCUGAGUUUGAUCACUGAAUCAAGUAAACCCUGGUUUCUAGAGCCUAAAACCCUUCAUUUUCCCGCCAUUUAUCUCAACCGCCCAAACCCUAACCUCUACAAUACACACUCUAAAACCUCUACUACCUUCAUUUCUUGCAUUUCAUGUGUAACCGCUACUCUCGUAGCGACAAUGGCGAAAGUCAGUUCCAGAGACGUUCGUGAGAUUGUAGAAAAACUCUCGUCGGAUAAAGUCAAAGCUCGCGAAGAAGGGAUCAAGUUGUUAAAUAGUUGGUUAGAAGGAGAAAGAUCAUAUAACUUCUGCCAGUUUAUUGGACUGAGCACGUCAAAGCUUAGGCCAGAUGAAGUUCCUCACUCUGAAACAUGGCCUUUUCUUGUUUCUUUGCUUAUUCAAUCUGCAUCAUCGGAAAUAUCGUCAAGUAAGCGGAGAAAUCCAAAAAUGAUAUAUGCAAAGACUCUUAGACUCAUUGUGCAACGAGCAGAAGAGGCUAAGUACUCAGGCCAAAUUCUGCCUUUGUCAUCUGUGGUUAAACCACUUUUUAAUCAUGUUUCGGAUGUCCUGAGCAAUGUUCCAAGCUUUCAGUCAGAGUAUGGCAUUAUCCUCCGACAUCUAUUGGCAGUUAGGGAUUACAGUUUUCAGAUGAGGAAGCGCAUUUACUGCAGCCUGGUAUUAAUGUACAUUGAGAAAGUCGAAGCAAGCUUGAAUGGGAAAAAUAUUAGUCAUUGUACUUCCAAAGAAGAGGUCUUCCGCAAUAUCUUAACUCUUCAUUCGCUUUUGGAUUAUCCUCCUGGAGACUACCCUGUUAAUCUAAGAGAAGACAUUGCUAAGGGGUUUGUCAGGAUCUGUUCAUUCAUCAGGGAAGAAGGAAAGGUUUCACGCAAACUUGUUGAGUGUAUCAAUACAUAUUUGUUAAACGACGGUCCAAAUUUGGGCUGUCAGUUGUUGGAGAUUCAUAAAGCUAUUCAGCAGUUUCUGUUUCACUGUUGGCUGACAACACAUGAUCGAGUUCUUAAGGAUUCACUAAUGUUCUAUGCUAGGACACAGUUAAAUUUAACGAGAGGUGCUGCUGAUAGGUGUUUAUUGGUAGAACAGCUUUUGGAUGUGAUUUAUAAGGAUCUUGAUCAGGGUAGCAUGUCUAGCACUUCAAUGCCGCGGGGUGAUGGAAAUAAGGAUGAUAAACUUGGAACUUUGAGUAGCUCACAAUGUGGCUUAGUGGAGCUUGCAGCAGUUUUAUUCUAUAGGGCGUGUCUUAAUACAACCAGAGCGUCACCAAGUGAAAAACGGGUUAAGAGAGAGCCGGCUGCUGUGGUCUUGAGGGAGGCACUCAUGAAAGGAAAAUGGCUAUGGAAUGCUGCAUUUUGUUAUCUAACUCGAAACUUCCAUUCUCGCAUGUGCAAAGAUCUGUUCCUCUACUGGUUUGAAGGCAUAUGUAUGAGCUUUGACAGAAUUCUUAAUUCUGCAAAUGUUGAUCGGGCCUACGAUGGUUUGCUGUGGACUCUGCGGAGUUUGCAGGAACUUUCGUCUGCUCUGUUGCUUCCAAAUUCAAUGAUAAAGAUAUCAUCAAUGCCACCUUCCACCUUGAACGAGGUCAUCAAUGGUUGGAAAGUACUAUGGAGUACUAUUGUGCAUGGGUUGCCGAUUUUCAGCAAUAUAGCCAUUCUUGUGGAUGCUGCUUUGACACUUCUGAGCAAUAUAACCUCAAAUGAUUUAGUAGAUACAUGUCUCAUACCACAAGAUGUGUGGGAUCUUCAGUUUUUCAAAAGACCAACUUCAAUAUCUAUCUUGCAUUUUUUCUCAUGUUACUUCUCAAGGAAAAAUUCGCAUACUGAUCUUCGGGAUAUUUUACAUCUUAGAAAAAAACUUUUGAAGGCAGUUUUGAAUCAUCUUGAUUGGAAGGGAUAUUCCUCAUCGAAUGAGCGAAUUCUUUUGUACAUGCCGUGUGCUAUGUUUGCACUUUGUGUAGGCUGUGUGACGUUCACUGAGUGCUUUAAAGAAAUUCCUCUAGUUUACAGCUCUUUUGAUGUCACUGAAUCCCUUGAUAAUAGUCAUAAGUUGGAAGACCCUAAGCACGAAUGUUUGCAUGAAUUUUUGGAUUGCUCUGUGGAAGUUCUCACAGAAAUUCACAAAGUUUCCAAUGCUGAGGUUUCCGAGCUGCAAAUAUUUCCAGGCAUACGGGUUCCCCAAGAAAUAAGUGAUCAGCUUUUGCUUGAAAUGGAGUCCUCUAUUCUUGAAGUGUUGGUGGAAGAGGAAAAUAACGAAACACAUUUACCUGAUAUUUUCUUAAAAUGUUCUCUCUUGUCGAACCUACUAUAUGGUUAUGUCUUCACAAGGAAAAUAAAUGUUUCAUUCUGUUCGAAAUUAAGCCAAUACUUGCAAGUGAGGCUUAAUAAUGCUGUAAGAAUCAUUCAAGAAGAAAGUGACCAUCGGGCUAGUUCCUUAAGUUAUGUUCCUACAUGUGAGGACACAGGUUCUCUCGCUGCUUCUGUUCAUUGUUUUUUGUCAUCACCUAUAUUUUGUGAAUGGAGGGAUCAAAAUUUGGACUUUGUUCCAUUUGGCGAGGUUAUCCAAUCUGUGGAGAGGCUUUUGAAAUCAUUUGUUGGUCUAUAUGAUGGUUAUUCUCAACAUUUGGCGAGUCUUCAGUCUGAUAUGAUCAUGCAAGAUACAGCUUCUACAGACAGUGUGCCAAGUUCUUGCUCAUAUGACAUAAGCAAAAGCAGGAUUGUUGAUAUGGAGUUGGAUGUUAAUGACGAUUCAAGAGAUGCGGAUAGUUUACUUGUUGUCAAAAAAAUUGGUAGUGGUGUGUCAUCUUCUGUAGAGAAGUGGAAAGUUGGCAUGAUAUCACUUAUUUCCUGUUUUUUCUAUGCUUCACCUGUUCUGACGUGGAGUACACUCUUCAAACUAAUGGAGGAAGAGUAUGACCCCAAGGUGCGUGGAAAAAUAUUGCAUCAUCUCUGUGAACAUCCUCACUGGUCCUCUUCGUCAAGAUUAAUAGAUUUGAUUAAUGUAAUGAGUGAUAUCAUUACAGAGCAAGUUGGACUUAAGCUUUCUUCUGGGAAUGUUUUGACUUCUACACAUGCUUUACUAUGUAACUUAGCCUCCCUGGAUGUUGUUGGUAAGGAGAAAUGCGGCCUGUAUUUAAGUGAAGUGGAAACUGAACAGUGCUUUCAGUCACUAACAGACUUGGUACAUAACCUUUCAAAAGUUGAUCUUGAUUGGUUUGGACGGGUGAAGCUUAUUGAUUGCAUCUGUAAUCUUAUUUCACUCCACCCUCAAUUUGGUCAGACAAUGAUAGAAAGAUUACUUUUGAUGAUCAAUGAUAUCGAUUAUCGAGUUCGGUUAUCAUUUGCAAGGAGGGUUGGUGUUCUUUUCCAAACAUGGGAUGGCCAUGAAGAGCUUUUUCAGGACUUGUGUUCAAACUUUGGUGUUCCAUUGGUGGUCUAUUCCAAAGUGAAAACUAUCAAUGCGAAGGAGGUAUUAGCUGCUGGUCCUCAGCCUCAACCUAUAAUGGAAACAGUUUUGAUUACACUGAUGCAUGUUGCAUUGCAUAGUGAGAAGGUGGAGUUAGAGGCUGUUUUUAUGAUAUGCGUGGUUUCUGCCAUUGAUCCUUGUCAAAGGGAAUUGGUCUGCGCUGUACUUGACAAUCUUUCUAAAGAACUUCAGUAUACAACUAGAAUGAAGUAUUUAGAGGAACUUUUGGGAUCACUUCUCUUUUGUUGGGUAGCUUGUGGUGUAAGUUUGCCUGCACUUGUUGAGACAAGGCAUCUUUUUGCGCCAGAUGCUCAACCUGGUCAUUUCCUUCAGUAUUGUUGUACAUGGCUUCUUCCUGCUCUGCUUCUUCAUCAAAAUAGUCCUGAUCUUAAUUGGGUUGCCAAGGUCACUGGUCAACCUAUGACAGUUCUCGUAAAGCAACACUUUGCUUCAAUAUUUUCAAUUUCUAUGGCUUUGCAUUGCAGUAAGAAACCAGGAUCAGAGAGGGGAACUCAUGUGCUUCAGAGUUCUAUUCUUCAUUUUGGUCAGAUAUCUGAGAAUGAACGGGACAAACUCAUAAAGAGACAUAUGGUCUCUAUUGUCAGCAGUAUUUUAUCUUUGUGCUCUUGUUCUUCCGACCCCGUAGUCCCUUUCUUUUCUAGGGAAACAAUGUCACUUGAAAUUCAAACAAUUGUUGAUGGAUUUCUGGAAUCGGAUGGUAGUCACACAACUGCUGCUGUUGCUGACAAGAUCAACAUUUUUCGCACUGAUAGAGUUUUCAUGUUUCUGGUAGAAAUUCAUUAUAAAAUUACAGCAGCGUCUCAUUCCAGGCAUAAGUGCCACCGAUUAUCUGGAAUUGAAGUUCUUAUUAGUGUUCUUGGUGAGAGAGUUACUGCUUUAAGCACAUCCAAUUAUCUUUUCAACUUGAUUGGACCAUUGAUUGGAUAUCCUGCUUUACAAGACCAAUGCUGUCGUAUACUUUCUGCAUUGUUGCUAUCUUUUAAGAAGCACCUAUCAGCAGAUAUCACUAGUAUGCUUGGGGAACAGCUCCAGUUUCUUGUUUCAAAGUUAGUGGCAUGUUGCACUCCUUCGCAAAGGAAAGAAUCAUGUGAUAGCGUUGUAUCAGGAGCUUUAUCUCUCCUCCAUAUGUUUACUUUGGAUUCUGAUCCAUCCAUGCAUGAUUACGUCAAAGAAUUGGAGCCUUUUCCCGAAUUAAAAAUAUUCGACAAGAUACGGAAGUUUCAUGAAGAAUUAUGCCACACUUACUCUAUUCGUGACCACAUAUUGAAGUUUGCAAAGAGGUCUUGCUACCUUCCACCGCGGUUACUUUCGUCAAGUCUCCAGGCAUUGCACAAGAAGUUACUGAUUGAAGAAUCCUUUCAAAUAAGAGGCAGAGAAGAAGGUCAAUUUAAAGACAAGUAUUGGCAUGGUGACCAUGAAAUUGCGCAUGCAGUUUGGACACUUGUUCACAUGGGUGGCUCGGAUGAUGCAAGUGGUGUCAGAGAAUUGGUUUCAGAUUUCAUUUCUAGGGUUGGUGCUGGGGACCCACACUCUGUUGUUUUCCAUCUUCCAGGAAAGAGUACUCAUAUCCAUCCAAGCAAGUUUAUUGAUAACGGCAGUACAGGGGAAACCAAUUACAACUUAGAUGCGUGCAUAUCUGAAGAACUUCUAGUUGUCCUUAUGAAAUUACUAAUGAAGUAUCUGAUGGAUGAUUCAGUGAAAAUUGUGGAUAUGGCAUCACAAACUCUUCGUGGAAUUCUUUCGACUGAAAGAGGCCAGAAAGCUUUACUGUCAUUUGAUUCUUACCAAAGGUCACUCGUCAAGAUACAUUCCAAAGGCGUUAACAUCGAACUUGUGGAAAAUUUCCUUUUGGAUCUGGAUAGGAAGUCAAAAGUUGCAGAAAUUUCACUGGAGAAGUCUACCGUGUGGUUGACAGAUGGUAAAUCUUUUGAGACGUGGAUUUGCCCUUUGGUGUAUUCUCUUAUUGUCUACUGCAACGAUGUAGUACUGAGAUUAUGUCAAGAUAUGAUAUUGUUGAAAGCCGAAUUCGCCGAGCUUCUUUUGCCAAGUAUAUUUGUCAAUAUUGCUGCGAGGAAGGAUCUGGAGAUUGAUCUUCACAAAUUAAUUUCUUUGCAGUUGAAGGAGCAUAUAUUUGUGGAGUCAAAUAAGAUGAUCAAAUCAAUUCAAGUGAUUUUGAAUUGCCUUAAUGAACUUCGUGUUUGUUAUGUCAUGGAAAGAUCAUCACUUGUGCCAUCAAUGCAUGAAGUGUCCAAGAAUUCAAGAACUCCAAAUUAUAGCUCAAAAUCUCGGUCCACUCCUGCAAAAGCGAGACAGAGACAAUCUGCUGUUAUUUCAAGUGGCUUGUCAGAAUCACCGUCUUCAUGGGAAAAAGUUUAUUGGCUUUCAAUUGAUUAUCUACCUGUUGCCAAGGCAGCAGUUAGUUGUGGAUCAUAUUUUACUUCAGUGAUGUAUGUGGAACACUGGUGUGAAGAGCAAUUCAAAGCUAUGACUGUUGGAGGUCCAGAUUUCUCUCACAACGAAACGUUGCCUGACCAUAUUGAAGUACUCGUUUCGGCAGUCACUAGAAUCAAUGAACCUGAUAGCUUAUACGGAAUCCUUCAGUCACACAAGUUGACUUCCCAAGUAAUCACAUUCGAGCAUGAGGGAAACUGGGGAAAGGCUCUUGAGUAUUAUGAUUUGCAAGUUCAAUCAGGCGUCUUAUUACCGAAGGAUAGCAGUUCGAGAAGUUUGUCACUGGAACAUGCUGAACCAGCAAAAUCUUCAUAUUUUGCCUCAGAGGUUGAGAUGAGGCAGAGUAGAGCUUACAAAGGGUUGAUUAGAUCAUUGCAGCAGAUCGGCUGCACGCAUGUGCUUGACAUGUAUUGUCAAGGGUUGACAUCAAGCAAGGAAGAUUUUCGGCAUGACAGAGAAUUUGCUGAAUUGCAAUAUGAGGCAGCCUGGCGUGCUGGGAACUGGGAUUUCUCUUUACCAUGUGUAGGAACUAGUUUUCCUCCAACUCAAAACAUCAAAUAUGAUCAGUUUAAUGAAAAUUUGCACAGUUGUUUAAGGGCACUCCAGGAAGGUGAUUUAAUUGAUUUCCAGAGAAAGCUGAGAGAUUCAAAGCAGGAGCUUGUGUGGUCCGUUUCUCAUGCAAGUGAAGAGAGUACCGAGUACAUUUAUUUGACAAUCAUCAGACUCCAGAUGCUUUAUCAUCUUGGCAUGGCUUGGGAUUUACGCUGGAGAACUUGCCAAGACGAUAUCAGAAAGUUCUCUCUUCAGAAGCGAAAUGUGUCUCUUGAGCCCGUGGUUCCUUCUAGUGAACAGUUGUCAUGGUUGGAUAUGGAUUGGUGCUCAAUUUUGCAACGGACGCAACUGCAUAUGAAUUUGCUAGAACCAUUUAUACCAUUUCGACAAGUUCUACUUCAAACUCUGAGUUGUAAAGAUAGUAUGUUGCAACAUCUUCUGCAGUCUGCUACGACACUUCGGAAGGGUUCUAGGUUUUCUCAAGCAGCUGGUGUUUUGCAUGAAUUUAAGUCCCUUUGUGUUGGAACUAAAGGGCAGUGCUCAUCUUUAUAUUGGCUUGGAAGGAUUGAAGAAGCAAAGCUUUUUCGUGCUCAAGGUCAAAAUGAGAUGGCUAUCAACCUUGGAAUGUACAUAUCACAAAAUUAUCAAAGUAAUGAAGAGGUUUCGGAUGUAUAUCGCUUGAUUGGGAAGUGGCUGGCAGAGACCAGAUCUAGCAACUCAAGAACAAUUUUGGAGAAGUAUUUGAAACCUGCAGUCUCUAUUGCUGAGGAUGUGAAAAGUACAGAUAAGAAGGCCAUGGAAAAGAAAUGUCAAACUCAUUUUCAUCUUGCACACUAUACUGAUGCUCUAUUUAGGAGCCAUGAAGAAAGACUUAAUUCUAAUGAGUGGCAAUCAGCAAUGCGGUUAAGAAAGCAUAAGACAGUAGAGUUGGAAGCACUCAUUAAAAGGUUCAGGAGUUCAACAAAGGGGGAGAAAACUGACUACACUAUGAAAAUCCAAGAAUUACAGAAGCAAGUAGCUAUGGAUAAGGAAGAAGACCAGAAAUUACAGGAUGACCGGGACAAUUUUCUUAAUCUGGCAUUGGAGGGAUACAAACGUUGUUUAGUCAUAGGUGACAAGUAUGAUGUGCGAGUGGUGUUUCGAAUUGUUUCCUUGUGGUUCAGCCUUUCUUCUCGAAAACAUGUUGUAAAUAGCAUGCUUAGCACAAUUGACGAGGUUCAAUCCUUCAAAUUUAUACCGUUAGUAUACCAAAUUGCUUCCAGAAUGGGUAGCUCAAAGGAUGGUCAGGGACCUCUUAAUUUCCAGUUUGCUUUGGUUUCUCUUGUGAAGAAAAUGGCUAUUGAUCAUCCAUACCAUACAAUUCUUCAACUUCUGGCCCUGGCAAAUGGUGACCGUAUAAAGGAUAAACAGCGUAGUAGAAGUUCAUUUGUCGUGGAUAUGGACAAAAAACUAGCAGCAGAAAACCUUCUAAAUGAGUUGUCAUCUUAUCAUGGAGCUAUCAUACGACAAAUGAAGCAAAUGGUGGAUAUUUAUAUCAAACUUGCUGAGAUGGAAACAAAGAAAGAGGAUACUAAUAAAAGAAUGACACUACCAAGGGAUUUACGUAAUCUUCCGGUGCUAGAACUUGUACCUGUAGUGACAGCUACCAUUUCAAUUGAUCGUAGUUGUCAAUAUCAUGAAGGCACGUUUCCUUACUUCAAAGGAUUAGCAGAUUCUGUUAUGAUAAUGAAUGGUAUAAAUGCUCCUAAAGUGGUUGAGUGCUUGGGUUCUGAUGGCUGUAGAUAUCGGCAACUUGCAAAAUCUGGAAAUGAUGACCUAAGACAGGAUGCUGUAAUGGAACAAUUCUUUGGUUUAGUUAACACAUUCCUGAGGAACCAUCAAGAUACAUGGAGAAGAAGGCUUGGUGUUCGGACCUACAAGGUUGUUCCUUUUACUCCAAGUGCUGGUGUUCUUGAAUGGGUUAAUGGCACUCUUCCUCUCGGUGAAUAUCUUUUAGGGAGCUCGAGAGAUGGUGGUGCUCAUGGUCGCUAUGGAGUAGGGGACUGGUUAUUCUCUAAAUGUCGAACGCACAUGUCAAAUGAAAGGGACAAGCGCAAAGCAUUUCAGGAAGUUUGCAGGAAUUUCAGGCCUGUCAUGCAUUUCUUUUUCUUGGAGAGGUUUCUACACCCAGCUGAGUGGUUUGACAAGAGACUUGCGUAUACCCGAAGUGUUGCUGCUAGUUCUAUGGUUGGUUAUAUUGUUGGCCUUGGAGAUCGACAUUCAAUGAAUAUUUUAAUUGAUCAGACCACUGCAGAGGUUGUUCACAUUGAUCUUGGUGUUGCUUUUGAACAAGGCUUGAUGCUUAAGACCCCAGAACGGGUUCCAUUUAGGCUCACAAGAGACAUAAUUGAUGGAAUGGGUGUAACUGGUGUAGAGGGGGUUUUCCGAAGAUGUUGCGAGAAAACUCUCUCUGUUAUGCGGACAAACAAAGAGGCAUUACUGACAAUUGUGGAAGUAUUCAUCCAUGAUCCUCUUUAUAAGUGGGCUCUAUCUCCUCUGAAAGCUUUGCAGCGUCAAAAGGAAAUGGACGUUGAUUUGGAUACAGGUUUGGAGGAACCUCAAAACGAGUAUGAAGGAAAUAAGGAUGCUGCACGUGCACUUUUACGUGUAAAGCAAAAGCUGGAUGGGUAUGAAGAUGGUGAAAUGCGAAGUAUCCAUGGACAGGUACAACAACUCAUCCAAGAUGCAAUCGAUUCUGAUCGAUUGUGCCAAAUGUUUCCUGGUUGGGGAGCUUGGUUAUGACACUCCUUUUUUCCUUGUAGAGUUAUCUUGUAUAGGCGGCUUAUAUUCAUGUCGGUCUUUUUUCCUUCGAAUUGUAUAAUAAACUUUCAUUUUUUAUUUUUUUUGUUUCUUGUGUUUAUAUAAGGCCUUCCAUUCAUUGAUUCGUUUGCAAUAAAAUUGGAGACUAGCUAGAGCUUCCCUAGUAGGCUUGUGAACAACAUUAUUUGUUUGUCUCCAAAUAAAACUUGCUCUAAAGUUUGAAAAAGGAGAAA